AUGGAGCCAUGCGAUCGCUGUCUCCGAAACAAUCGCACCUGUCGUAUACCGCCGCCCCGUCCGCUGGGUCGCAAGCCGGGGGCCGUCGGUCGCUAUAAGGGUCUAGAGAAGGCAUAUCGGAAGAUGCAAGCGGAGCUGAAAAAGGCUGGUACUGGCUUGAUUCCAAUUGAGGAGCAUAGCGAGAUACAUCAUAUCCUGUCAGGUGUGCAAAAUACCAGGAUAGAGGAGGAUUCAGGUGUGGCUCGGACUUGCAACGAGCGCACCAUGGAUGAUGGAUAUGCAUUCUCACAUUCGGUGGAUGACAAUAUUCAUGGAAGCCCUCGACGGACAGAGCAGGGUCAAGAAGUGCCGGCAACUAAUUUCGUCCCUAAUGCGCCGUAUGGUAUACAGGAUCCCAUCAGCAAUCCGCUCGCGUUGCUAGCAGAUGCCUCCGAGACCGCACAGGUGAUGAACAUGUCGUAUGUGCCUAUGAACACUUGCUCAACUACAGAAGGUGGAAAAGGCCAUGGCCAGUCAAUAGGCGAAGAAAGAAUCGGUCGCUAUCUACUUCGUCGCCCGAGACACGUAUCGCUCAACCUGCAACUGACGAAAGACCAAUUGGAGACUGGACUAGAUAUGCUAUUCGAUUCUACACCGCAGCUUUCCCAGUAUCAAGACUACUUUCGACGUCAUGAACAGCGUCCGCCACGCGAUACCGGUCCCGACCUGGACCCGGUAGAUUUAGGAUUGAUAUCCAUGGAGGAAGCAACGGAGCUUUUCGCCAUAUAUUUCCAACGCCUGCACCCGAUCAAUGGGAUCCUCGACCCUCACUUACAUACUUCUGCAUACGUACGGUCGCAUUCGGCCCUCUUGUUUACCUGGAUACUCGCACUUACAGCCCAAUUCGAUCAUGACUCGGCAAUCAUCGCAAGGCGACUGCUCUUACAUGGGGAUAAGCUCUCCCGGCAUGUGCACACCUCCGGGUAUAAGUCAGUCGAGAUAGUUCAAGGAUACUACAUCUCGUUGCUGUCGGCGACGCCAGCCAAAACAUUGUCCGAGGAGCGUUCUUGGCUCUAUACGAUGUAUGCUGUUGGGGUCGCAAUGGAACUUGGGUUAGAUCAAGGUGCAAGCCUGCCUCCGCAGUACCUUUCCACCAACCACGACGCCGUGGCGGAUAAUCUGGAGCAUCUGCAAAGAGUAGCUCGUAAUCGUGAACGAACUUGGCUGCGAAUCCUGCUCUGGGAGAGAGCCAACAGCGCCGCGUAUGGUCGCUCGAAUGCCUUUCCAGAGACACAGUUGACGCAGAGCGUCGAGACUUGGUGGAUGCAUCCACUGGCCGAUCAGACUGACAAGUAUACCUGUGCCUUUAUUCUCCUUCGUCGCCACUUGGCUGCGUUGCAGCUGGAACUGCGACGGCAGGCGGGUUUAUCUCAAUCGAAUCCUCGCUGGGUUGCUGAACUCAUUGACGUGACUUUGGGGCCGUGGUGCAGGAUGUGGCUCCAGGAUCCCUAUCCUUUACCUCCCUCGGAGCGACUGUCCCAGUUCUUUCUCUACUAUGUAUAUCUUCAUAAUCGAUUGUGGACACUGUCAUUUGCCUUGCACGCAUCCCUCAUCGCAGGUCGUCAGGUCGAUGCGAUUCGCGAGGAUUGCUUCAACGCCGCUCUGCACAGUUGCGAAGUGGCCGUUCGCGACCUUGAGGCCAUCGGCGAGCCGUUAUACUGCAUGCUGGCUCCGACAUGGGCGAUGAUAUCCUACGCGACGAUCUUAACCCUAAAACUCUACCCCCACAUCCACGGUGCUCACGCGGGCUCAGAGAUUGAGCUGCUAGCCUUGCUUGCACAAGUCGCAAUGCAGCUCCAGAAAGCCGGAGCGACACCAUCCCACCGGCUAGGGAUUGCGGCGUUGCUAGCGCAGCAUCUCCUUCUGAUCCUCAGGGCGAAAGCAGCAGGAAUACGGGACAUGGUCGAAAUUAUCGAUGAGCCCCUUUGUCGAUCCUCCAAUAAUAGCGUCUUCGGAACCUCGCGUGACCCGGACGCAAGGGCCAUCUCAUCCUUAAGCCCCUUAGUCUCUUCCUACGAUCCGAUUCUGUCGGCCGCCACACUGGAACCUGACAGCGUUACGACUCUAUUUCGGGAGAUUUUUGGGCCCGGCUUUGAUGAAAUCUCCUGA